UCUCUUUGAACGUGCCUGGUUGCCUACUAUCUUUACAAAAAAAAACAUUUAUAAUGGUUCGACUCUUAUUGUAUUGUUUUUCUCUUCUUUUCAAAGCAAAAAGUAUUUCUUCAUAACAAGUACACACCAUUUCCAAAAGCAUUCAUUCUGUUCUUCAAUUUUUGUAAUGUGUUGUGGAGGUAAUAAAGGUCCCAAAUGGAAGCGAGAAGUAGUAAAAGAUCAUAAAUUUAACUACAUCGAUAUUCGCGAGUUCAGAGACGACUCAAUUUCUGCAAGAUUCAGUUAUGUCGUUAUGUUUGUAAUCAUUAUCAAAAACAUCUUGACAAUGACAGCUGAUUUAUACACUGCAAUAUCUUUACUGGUCAUUGGUAAUGCUAGUAUUAACGCAGAUGCAUCAAUCCCACCGGAAGUAGCAAAGUGGAUUUUCUUGGGUGCCAUUCUUAUUUCUUUCAUCCUAUUAUUCUGGGAUAUUAUCAAAUCGAGAAGUAUCAUCGCUUCAAAGGACAUCUCACUAGCAUUUUUCUCAGCCAUUGCUAAUGGAUGGUACUCAACAAAGGAUUACAAUUACUUUUGUUUGUUUAGAAAGAUUAACGAUUCUAGAAAAUCAAUUGAUUCAAUUGCAUUUUUUGUGUUCUUUACACUUAAAAGUUGGAAAAGAAUCCUCUUAGCGGAAGCACCUAGACAAGUCAUCAAUAUUGUUACUUUGAUAACCAUUAUACCAAAAUGGAUUAAUAUCAGCGACGGAUUGAAAUUAGAAUACAAUGGAUUAGGAAAAACAAGAAUGCAACAGAUCAUGACAGGGACCAUGAUUUUCUCGGUGGUUGUAUUUGCCAUCUCUUUUAUUUUAAUUUGUGCAGCCGCCAUUAUUUAUAUCCCGCUCCUUUGCCACAUUCAAGGCAACUUAAAAGAAUAUUGCUGUCAUAAAGUAGACAAAAGAAUUGAAGAGUUGUUGAAGAAACAAGCUCAAAAGAGAAUAAAAGGAGAUAAUUUAGCAAAGAAAUCAAAGAAAAAUGAUAUCGAAAUGCGCUCAUUAGCUCAGCCCACGCUACCAAAAGUAAAUAUGAGCCAAUUGCCUCCAAAUAAGGCUCCUUAUAGUCAUCAUCAGCAGCAGAACAGUUACAGCAGCCAGUCUAAUCAUAAUUAUGGCCACAGUCAGCAGCCAAGUUACAGCAGCCAGGGUCACAGUCAGCAGCCGAGUUAUAGCAAUCAGGUGUACGGCUAUCAGCAGCCAGUCUAUAACGCCCCUCACUCUAGUUACGGGGGCCAACCAGUCACUGGAAAUCAUCAUCGACCUGGCUUUUAUCAGCAGUCUUCGUCUUCAAAUGUCAGCGUGGUUAUGGAUCCACCAUAUGUCGGAAGAAGAAACAGUCUAUCGUCAGUUACCAGUGAUCAAGUCGGUCUUACUUCUCAUGCACAACCUCAACCUCGGUCUUCGCCAUAUAACAAUAUUUCGAACAAUAUUCAUCAUCAACAAUACCAACAAUCCCCAAGUUACCAUCAGCAACAACAGCAGCAACAAUACCAAAAUCAGCAAAACUACUAUUAGUGCAACAUAUCAUAUUUAUUUCCGCGUUUUUAAUCUUUCAUAUUUGUACCUAUUUAAUUUUUUAAUUACAUGCAUUCCUUAAUAUGGUGAAACCUUUGGCAGAAUUGUGUGUGUAAAACAUAUAUAAAAAAAUAACAGAUAUUGCUUCCUUUUACAAUUAACUGGUACUAGCAGUGAAAUUAUUACUUCUUCCGUAUACUUUACUUUAAAAUAUCCAGGCAUUUAAAUCAUCUUUCUUGUUUGCUACAUAAUGAGAAGUUCUUAUAGAGCAUUUUAU